AUGCCCGUGAGGAGCAUCUCCACGGCGCUGCGUGUCGUGGGGACCAGCCUCUUCGCCGCCGCCGUGCUGGGCGGCAUCCUGGCGGCCUACGUGACCGGCUACCAGUUCAUCCACACCGAGCGGCACCACCUCUCCUUCGGCCUCUACGGCGCCAUCCUGGGGCUGCACCUGCUCAUCCAGAGCCUCUUCGCCUUCCUGGAGCACCGGCGCAUGCGCCGGGCUGGCCGCCCGCUGAAGCUGCCCCGCUCCGUGGCCCUCUGCAUCGCCGCCUACCAGGAGGACCCGGACUACCUGCGCAAGUGCUUGCGCUCCGCCCAGCGCAUCUCCUUCCCCAACCUCAAGGUCGUGAUGGUGGUGGAUGGCAACGGCGCGGACGACGCCUACAUGCUGGACAUCUUCCAGGAGGUGCUGGGCUCGGACCGCACCGGCUGCUACGUCUGGGAGAGCAACUUCCACGCCCGGGGCCAGGGGGAGACGGAGGACGGGCGCCGCCGCGCGAUGCGCCGCGUCCAGAGCCUCGUCCGGCGCAACACCUACUCGUGCAUCAUGCAGAAGUGGGGAGGCAAGCGGGAGGUGAUGUACACGGCCUUCCGGGCCCUCGGCGACUCCGUGGAUUACGUGCAGGUGUGUGAUUCGGACACAGUGCUGGAUCCAGCCUGCACGGUGGAGAUGCUGCGCCUCCUGGAGGAAGACCCCCGCGUCGGUGGGGUUGGCGGAGAUGUGCAGAUCCUGAACAAGUACGACUCGUGGAUCUCCUUCCUGAGCAGCGUGCGCUACUGGGUGGCCUUCAACGUGGAGCGGGCCUGCCAGUCCUACUUCGGCUGCGUGCAGUGCAUCAGCGGCCCGCUGGGCAUGUACCGCAACGCACUGCUGCAGCAGUUCCUGGAGGACUGGUACCACCAGACCUUCCUGGGUAGCAGGUGCAGCUUCGGGGACGACCGGCACCUCACCAACCGCGUCCUCAGCCUGGGCUACCGCACCCGGUACACGGCGCGCUCCAAGUGCCUGACGGAGACGCCCACCCGCUACCUGCGCUGGCUGAACCAGCAGACGCGCUGGAGCAAGUCCUACUUCCGCGAGUGGCUCUACAGCGCCCUCUGGUUCCACAAGCACCACCUCUGGAUGACCUACGAGUCCGUGGUGACGGGCUUCUUCCCCUUCUUCCUCAUCGCCACCGUCAUCCAGCUCUUCUACCGCGGCCGCGUGUGGAACAUCCUGCUCUUCCUGCUGACGGUGCAGCUGGUGGGCAUCAUCAAGGCCGCCUACGCCUGCUUCCUGCGGGGCAACGCCGAGAUGAUCUUCAUGUCGCUCUACUCCCUGCUCUACAUGUCCAGCCUGCUGCCGGCCAAGAUGUUCGCCAUCGCCACCAUCACCAAGUCCGGCUGGGGCACCUCGGGCCGCAAGACCCUCGUGGUCAACUUCAUCGGCCUGGUCCCCGUCUCCAUCUGGGUGGCCGUGCUCCUGGGCGGGCUGGCCUACACCGCCUACUGCCAGGAUCUCUUCACGGACACGGAGCUGGUCUUCCUCGUCUCGGGGGCCAUCCUGUACGCCUGCUACUGGGUGGCGCUGCUCACCCUCUACCUGGCGAUCGUGGCCCGGCGCUGCAGCAAGCCGCCCGAGCAGUACGGCCUGGCCUUCGCCGAGGUGUGA